GGGGAACGGCGCGCCGCCUCCGCUGCGAAAGUCGCCCGUCCGCUCUGCCUUCCGUCCCGCUUGCCUCCUUCGCCAUGGCUGCUCCGCUGCCGGGCAAGUUCCAGUUCGCCAUCGACCGCGGCGGCACCUUCACCGACCUCUUCGCCCGCUGCCCCGACGGCAAGAUCCGCGUGAUGAAGCUGCUCUCCGAAGACCCGGCCAACUACCGCGACGCGCCCACCGAGGGCAUCCGCCGCAUCCUGCAAGAGGAGUGCGGGGUCCCCUUCCCCAAAGACCAGCCGCUUGACACCUCCUGCAUCGAGUGGAUCCGGAUGGGCACCACGGUGGCCACCAAUGCCCUCCUGGAGCGGAAGGGCGAGCGAUUUGCCCUGCUGGUCACCAAGGGCUUCCGGGACCUGCUCUACAUCGGCAACCAGGCGCGGCCCAGCAUUUUUGACCUGGAGGUCCGAAUGCCAGAGGUCCUGUACGAGACGGUGGUCGAGGUGGACGAGCGCCUGGUGCUCCAUCGCGACGGCUGCCCACUCUUUGGUUCCGGGCAGCGGGUGACAGGCGUGACCGGAGAGGCGCUGGUGGUGAAGCAGCCUGUGAACCUCCUUGCCCUGCGAGUGGAGCUGGAGGCGCUGCUGGCACGGGGCAUCCACAGUCUGGCCGUGGUCCUGCUGCACUCCUACCUGUGGCCUGACCAUGAGCAGCAGGUGGGCGCCCUGGCCCGGGAGCUGGGCUUCCGGCAGGUCUCGCUGUCAUCCGAGGUGAUGCCCAUGGUGCGCAUGGUGCCCCGUGGCUACACCGCCUGCAUAGACGCCUACCUGACCCCCUGCAUCCUCCGCUACCUGCAGAGCUUCCGGGACGGCUUUGCUUCGCAGCUGCAGAGCGUGCCGGUUGCAUUCAUGCGUUCGGACGGUGGCCUGACUCCGAUGGAGGCUUUCAGCGGCUCUCGGGCCAUCCUCUCAGGCCCUGCUGGGGGAGUCGUGGGCUAUGCGGUCACCAGUUACCACCGUGCGGAAGGGCAUCCGGUCAUCGGGUUCGACAUGGGCGGCACCUCCACCGACGUGAGCCGCUAUGCCGGAGAGUACGAACAUAUCUUUGAGGCCACCAUUGCUGGCAUCAGCAUCCAGGUGCCGCAGUUGGACAUCAACACGGUGGCUGCCGGGGGCGGCUCCCGCCUCUUCUUCAGGUCCGGGCUGUUCGUCGUGGGCCCCGAGUCCGCAGGCGCCUUCCCCGGCCCCGCCUGCUACCGGAAGGGGGGGCCGCUGACCGUGACGGACGCCAACCUGUGCCUGGGCCGCCUCCUGCCCAGCCAGUUUCCUCACAUCUUUGGGCCUGACGAGAAGCAGCCGCUGUCGCAUGGGGCCUCCCUGCAGGCCUUCCGAGCCCUGACGGCUGAGGUGAAGGCCUCUGGGGAAGCCUGGCCUGACCUCAGCGUUGAGGAGGUGGCCAUGGGCUUCAUCCAGGUGGCCAACGAAGCCAUGUGCAGGCCCAUCCGGGCCCUGACGCAGGCCCGGGGCCACGACACCUCUCGCCACGUCCUGGCCUGCUUCGGAGGGGCCGGGGGCCAGCAUGCCUGUGCCAUCGCCCGGGCACUGGGCAUGAGCUCGGUCUUCAUCCACAAGCAUAGUGGGGUCCUGUCGGCCUACGGGAUGGCCCUGGCAGACAUCGUCCACGAGACGCAGGAGCCCUGCUCGCUGGUCUACGAGCCAGCCUCCUUCGCCCAGCUGGACCUGCGGAUGGCUGCCCUGGAGGAGGCCUGUGUGCAGGCCUUGGAGGCCCAGGGCUUUACCAGGUCCCAGAUCACCACCGAGGCCUUCUUGCACCUACGCUACCAGCGGACUGACUGCGCCCUCAUGUGCUCGGCCAAGGGCUACCCGGCCUUCGCCGGCACCUGCAGCCGCGGAGACUUUGGUGCAGCCUUUGCCAAUAGGUAUCGGCAGGAAUUCGGCUUCACCAUCCCCAAGCGAGCCAUCCUGGUGGACGACGUGCGGGUGAGGGGCAUGGCCUGCUGUGGGAUGGGCCAGGAAGAGCCUCAGCCGGUCUGCAAAGAGCCCCCCAACCUGGAAAUGGUCACCCGCUGUUACUUUGAGGGGGGCUACCAGGACACCCCCGUUUACCUGCUGGAGAACCUCUUCCACGGCCACUCCAUCCCUGGCCCCAGCAUCCUGGUGGACAAGAACAGCACCAUCCUGGUGGAGCCCGGCUGCACAGCCUCCCUGACGGCCCUGGGGGACGUCUGCAUCGCGGUGGGCUCGGGGUCUUUCCGUCCAAUUGGGCCUGAGCUUGACCCUGUCCAGCUGUCCAUCUUCUCCCACCGCUUCAUGAGCAUUGCAGAGCAGAUGGGCAGAGUCCUGCAGCGCACGGCCAUCUCCACCAACAUCAAGGAGCGCCUGGACUUCUCCUGCGCCCUCUUUGGGCCGGACGGGGGGCUGGUCUCCAAUGCCCCCCACAUCCCCGUCCACCUGGGAGCCAUGCAGGAGACGGUGCAAUUCCAGAUCCAGCACCUGGGCCCCGACCUUCACAAGGGGGACGUGAUCCUGAGCAAUCACCCCUGCGCUGGGGGCAGCCACCUGCCCGACCUGACGGUCAUCACCCCCGUCUUCUGGGAGGAGGAGCCCAGGCCCAUCUUCUUUGUGGCCAGCCGGGGUCACCAUGCCGACAUUGGGGGGAUCACCCCGGGCUCCAUGCCCCCCCACUCCCACUGCCUCCAGGAGGAGGGGGCCAUCUUCAUCUCCUUCAAGCUGGUGAAGGAGGGCGUCUUCCAAGAGGAAGCCGUCACCGCAGCCCUCGUGGCCCCUGGGCAACAGCCCGGCAGCAGCGGCACCCGCAGCCUCCAGGACAACCUGUCCGACCUGCGCGCCCAGGUGGCCGCCAAUCAGAGGGGGAUCCAGUUGGUGGAGGAGCUGAUUGAGCAGUAUGGGUUGGGCGUAGUUCAGGCGUACAUGGGCCACAUUCAGGCCAAUGCGGAGAUCGCCGUCCGAACAAUGCUGAGGAAGUUUGCCACACGCCGUGGACACGUGGACCAACUGCUGCAGGUGGAGGCCAAGGACUUCAUGGACGACGGCAGCCCCAUUUGUCUCCGGGUGGCCGUGGAUCCAAAGGAGGGCACUGCACUGUUUGACUUCACAGGGACCGGCCAGGAGGUGUAUGGGAACUGGAAUGCCCCCCGUGCCAUCACCCUCUCCGCCCUGAUCUACUGCUUGCGCUGCAUGGUGGGCGAGGACAUCCCCCUCAACCAGGGCUGCCUGUCCCCCGUGCGCAUCGUGAUCCCCGAGAGCUCUAUCCUUCACCCCUCCCUGGAUGCUGGCGUGGUGGGGGGCAACGUGCUGACCUCCCAGAGGGUGGUGGAUGUUAUCUUCCGGGCGUUUGAAGUCUGUGCCGCCUCACAGGGCUGCAUGAACAACGUCACGUUUGGGAACAAGGACAUCAGCUACUACGAGACGGUGGCUGGAGGGGCCGGGGCGGGGCCUGACUGGCAUGGCCGCAGUGGGGUGCACACCCACAUGACCAACACCCGCAUCACUGAUCCAGAGAUCCUGGAGAAACGGUAUCCAGUGGUCCUGCAAACCUUCCAGCUGGCGCCAGACACAGGGGGGGCUGGGCUGUUCCGGGGAGGGUCCGGGGUCCGGCGAGAGCUGCAGUUCCGGGAGGAGAUGGUUGUGUCCGUGCUGAGCGAGCGCCGGGCUUUCCAGCCCUAUGGGCUGCAAGGGGGCGAUCCGGGAUCCCCAGGCCUGAACCUGCUGAUCCGGCACAACGGACGGACCAUGAACCUGGGCGGAAAGAUGUCCGUGGAAGUGCACCCUGGGGACGUCUUCUGCCUGCAGAGCCCAGGCGGAGGGGGCUUUGGACGGCCCCCCCAACGCUUGGCCAAGGAGUCUGAGGAGACCAGGCACCGGGCCCAGCUCUUCAGGGAACGGGGCAGUUUCUACUACUACAGCCGGUCACAGGAGAUGCCGGAUGGGCCCUGAAGCAGCCCCUGAGGAAGGGGGGCCGGGGAGGGGGGCAGAGGAUGGCCCCUGGCUGAGCAGGAUGGAAAGAUGGGAGGAGAAGCAGGGAAGUUUCACUUCUCACCGCAAGGGGGCAGCAGAGACCAGCUUUCUUCCUUUCCGUCCCUUGGGAAGUGGGAGUAGAUAUUCUCUGCUAAAUGCUGAUUCUACUGCUCUUGCCCCCCUCCCUCCUCUUUUCUGCUUGCACUCCUCUCGCCCAGAGAGAGGGGGGGGCUACUUUGCUCUCUUCUCGACUGCUGCAGAUGCCACUCUCUUGCAGCCCCCCCCCUUCCUGCGUGUGCGGUGGGAUGGAUGCC